UCUCGAUCAGCUGUUUGAAGUAAACAAAAAACCGGCAAAGGAAUUUAUUUGUAGAAAAAUAUGUUGAAGAUAAGUCGGCGGCUCCUCAUCCAGCAGUGCUUGCGCCACGCCCACACCCAGGUGCGCGUCCGCUUCGCCCCAAGUCCCACGGGUCACCUGCAUCUGGGCGGGCUGCGCACAGCCCUCUACAACUUCCUGUACGCCAGACACUUGGGCGGGAAAUUCCUGCUGCGGAUCGAGGACACGGAUCAAGCACGACUAGUUCCGGGUGCCAGUGAACGGCUGGUGGAGGAUCUGCUCUGGGCGGGCAUAGAAAUAGACGAGGGACCCGGGUUUGGAGGUCAACUGGGACCCUAUGUGCAAAGUCAGCGAACGGAAACCUACAGCAAGGCUAUUGAGGAACUGCUCCGUAACGGCACCGCCUACAGGUGUUUCUGCACCGAACGCCGUCUUGAUCUGUUGCGUAAGGAGGCGCUGAGAACCCGGCAAGUUCCACGAUACGAUAACAAGUGCCGGCAUCUGACGCCGGCGGAAGUCGAUUCGCUGCUGGCCAAGGAAACGCCCCACUGCAUUCGCUUCAAGCUGACGGAUCACGAGGAACCACUGGAGGAUCUAAUUUACGGCCAGGUGCACCACAACGUCAGCGACACCGAAGGCGAUCCGGUGGUCAUGAAGAGCGACCAGUUCCCCACCUAUCACUUCGCCAACGUGGUGGACGACCACUUGAUGGGCAUUACCCACGUCUUGAGGGGCGUGGAGUGGCAGAUAUCCACCACCAAGCAUUUGCUGCUCUACAAAGCGUUUGGCUGGCAGCCACCGAAGUUCGGCCACCUGCCGCUUCUGGUGAAUGCGGAUGGCACCAAGCUAAGCAAACGACAAGGAGACAUCGGCAUCCAGCACUUCCGGGAGCGCGGCUACUUUCCGCAGGCCUUGGUAAACUAUGUGGUCUCUGCAGGCGGAGGGUUCGAGCAUCGAGCCAAUGCCAAGCAGCAGCUGCUCAGCAUGCGGGAACUUUAUGAGCAGUUUCACAUAGAGCGGGUCAACUCCCAUCCGAGUCGCCUUAAUCCCGAACUGCUCGAUGAUCUCAAUCGCCUGGAGAUUGUGCAACGUUUGUCCGGCAACGAAAGUCAAACGAAGUUGGUCAAAUUAGUCCAGCAGCUGGUGAAACAGGCCUAUCCGCAGCAGCCCAACUUAGAUCUAGCCGAGGACCACAUACUGGAUGUGCUGCAUUGGUCAUCAAAGCGCCUAGUACUGCUGCAGGAUUUGCGCAGCAGCAAACUGAGUUUCCUGUGGGUGAAGCCAUCCGAUUACCAAAUCAAGGACCUGACCGCAGGGCAACUAGCUCACCUACUGCAACUAAUCAACGCAAUCCAGAACUUCCACAAAGAUGAACUCAACGUUAAGCUAAAGUCCUUUGCUCAAAAGGAAAACAUCAAGUUCCCACAAAUGAUGAAGACACUAAGGGCAGCUCUAAGUGGCUUAAAGGAAGGUCCCGGCGUAGCGGAAAUGAUGGAGAUCCUGGGCAAAGCUGUCACUCUCGAACGGCUCAAAGAAGCUCUGCCCAAGGAAAGUGUCCAUUUAGAGCAACAUCAGUGAUUUGGUUAAGUUUGGUUGUAUUUGUAUGUAUAUAUAGAGUAAUUUUUAUAUUUAUAACUCUUGCAAUUUGAGAAUAAGAUCAAUGAGUAGACACCA